GUUGGAACUAUAUCUAAUAGAUAACUAAUAGAUAACAUCAUUUUCACAAAGGAGGUGCUGGUAGUGAUGGGCCAAUUUGUCCUGUUACGCUUUGCCAAAAAAAUUGUGAAUUUCAUGUGAAACGCAUUGAAGUCAAUGAGUGGCAAAAUUAUUUUGACGCGCGUCAAUUUUUCCGCCAUAUUCGAAUAUAUGGGCGUCCGAAUAUUUUUGAGGUGCAGCGAUUUUUAUGCGUUUGACUAUUCCGACGCGCGCCCACAUUUUUUUGACGAGGCGAGUUUAUUUGCCAGCAGCGAAACGUAGAAGUUCGCCGCAAAUUCGCACCUGGCGAAUUUAUUUGCCCGUCACUAGGUGCUGCUACUAAUGUAUAUGUAUGGGGAAAAAAAGCUCGUUAGUGCUGUGAUUCAUUAUCUUCCGUCAGUGAAUGUAACAGAAGGCCGGUGACAAGAUUAGUCCUUUAAUCCUCCUAAAGGCCAGAGACAUCUUACAGGUUACGUUCCCUUACAUAUGAGAGGGGGAUAGGAAAGGAUAACGUUGUGUUUGGGAGAAAACUGUAACAGCAGAAAUUCAAGAGAAAGUAGGAUAUCAACUGGAACUGUGUGUAGUACAAAUAUAUAUAAUAUAUAUAAUAUAGAGAGAGAUGCAUGGAGACAAGACAGAAACAGACCCUUUUCUCUCCAGAAUCCAUAUCAUGGAACAUACAGCAGUCUCUACACAAAUCCUUACAGCAACAUCAGCAACACAGGAAAAAGAAGCAGGAGCUAUUCAAACAAUGGGAAGAGGUCUGCCAAAGGCAACAAGACGCUCGUGAGAGGAACCGACAACUGUUAAAUGAUGUCAGAAGAGUAGAAAGACAGCUAUCACUUUUCACUGCAAAAACAGAACUUUUCAAGAAAAAAAGGGACAACUACAAGAAAGACAUGCAACAAUUCUUGUCCUUGCCUCCUAAACCUGAUUUAGCAAGUCAUUACACACCCUGUGAGAACCAAAAAUGCAGUGGAUAUUUCAGAGACUCUUCUUUAAGGGGCUGUUGCCAUUCUAGAGAUGCUAAUAUGCCCAUAAGCUGUUGGUGCCUGAUGUCUCCGGAUCUGAGAGGCCAUUUUGGACAUUCAGUAGAUCAGUCAAACUUCCCAGAUUCCAUGGAUUUCUGUCAACCAAGAGAAAACUCAACAUCCCAGAACCUUAAAUAUACAAAUUCAAAUAUAGAAAGAUCUGGACCUGAAUCAUGUCCCUUGGCAAGAUAUGAAGGCCUGAAAGGGGUUUCAGAAAAGACCAGACAAAAAGCCCAAAACAUCACAAAGAGAUCACAUGGUGAAAUGAUGACAAGAAAAGAUAUUCAGACAUCGGGCACAGACCAGAAUUUAAUUGAAAUACCAGUUCAGCUACAGAUUUUGUCAUCAGAUUCUUCUUCAGAAAGCCAACAUCACCAUUCCAUCUCAUCUUCCAAAUCAAACAAAACCACAGGAAAACUGCCACAAUGUCCUUCAAGUUGUAAAAAGAGAACUACAACAAGCAAAUUGUUGCAAUGCUCCAAAACAGAUCAUAGGGCAGAGGACCAAAUGACUUCAGAUUCCCUAGGAGAAACAACAAAAGACUCUUAUAGAAUAUCAUAUACACUUACCAAAGUGGAAAAUCGUGCUUCUAAGCUAAAAACUAGUGAAAAAGUUGACAUAAAUUCUAAGAUUGCUAGCAGAAUAGAUCAUGAUCAAGAAGAGGAUGCAAUAAGCUGUCAGACAGAAUGCAGUGAUAAUAUAUUUGAUAUACCUGAAAGAUCUGGGGGGAAUCACAACACUUAUAGUCCUAAAGAAGCUGACAUUUUUAGAACCACACCUUCAGCAUGGGGAGGGGAUGCUGCUAAAGUAAAAAAACACUAUAUAGAAGAUAAAGUUCAACAGGACAAAGAGGAGAUUACAGAUUCUAUCCAAGAUGAUGAUGAAAAUUUUGCCAAAAUGUCAUUGAUAGGUCAUAAACAGGGUGAAGCUGAGAGAUCAUGCACGCAACUUUUAUCAGAAGAUGAAGUGUCAGAAACAGAGUCAUCAUUAAAUAUAAUUCAGGGUGAGACAGGUGGAGUCUGUAAAUCAAAUAGUAAAACAAAACAGGAGGGAAGUGAUCUGCUUGGAACAAGAAAAUCUGUAAAUAUGAGAAAUGAAAAUCAGAUAAGUAUGGAAGAUCAAAGUGAUGAUGAAGAAGAAACUGAUGAGAUGGAGGCUAUUAAGGACAAAAAGUGUAAAGCAUAUUACAGGGGCUCAGUGUUUGGUAAAUUGAGUGCAACAAAGAAAACUGAGUUAAUAUGUAGCAGUGAUGAAGAGGAAAAAGAAAUGGAAGAUGAGUCACAACAAGUCAAAAGUUCAGAAAAUAAGGAAAAAGAAAUAGUGAGAUAUUUUAAAAAUGAGGAAAAUCACACAUCCAUGGGACAAGAUGUUAAAAAAGAGAAAAAUACAAUAGAGGAAGAUGAGUCUGACAACAGCAGUGAAGAAGAGCAAGAAGUAGAAAGGGACUCAAGUGGAAAAUCAGAAAAUGAAAUGCAUGUUGGAAUAGGGAAUAGAGUGGAAGAAAUGAUAAAGGUGGAAUUUAUAAACAGCAACAAGAAUGUAAAUGCUGAUAAAGGAGGGAUCAAUAAGGAAGAGAAAGAUACAUCUGAUGAAACUGAGUCUGACAACAGUGAAGAGGAGGAAGAAGAGAAAGAAGAUGAAAGUGAUAUCUCAGAAAAUGAAAUGAAUGAUAGAAUAGUAGAAGAAAUAAUAAAAGAGGAAAGUAUAACCAGCAAGAAGAAAGAUAAUAUUAAAAGAGAAGGGAAUAAUAAGGAAGAUACAUCUGAGGAGGAUGAGUCUGACAACAACAGUGCAGAAGAAGAGGAAGAAAAAAUGGAUGAAGGUAAUAUAUCAGAAAGUGAAAUAAAUAAAGGAAUAGUAAUAGUGGAAGAAAUAGAAAAAGAGGAAGGUACAAAUAGCAGAAAGAAUGAGAAUGCUAAAAAGGGAGGGAUUAAUAAGGCAAAGAAAGAUACAUCUGAGGAACAUGAAUCUGACAACAACAGAGAAGAAGAAGAAGACGAAGAAGAUGAAGAAGAAGAAAAGGAUGACAGUGAUAUAUCAGAAAGUGAAAUUAAUGACAAAAUAGUGAGAGUGGAAGAAAUAAAAGGAAAAGGUGAGGGUACAAAUGGCAGCAAGAAUGAGAAUGUUAACAAGGGAGGGAUUAAUGCAGAAGAGAUAAAUACAUCUGAAGAAGAUGAGUCUGACAACAACAGUGAAGAAGAGGAUGGAGAAACAAGGGAAAAUUCGGAAAAUGAAAUGAAUGACAGAAUAUUGAGAGUGGAAGAAAUAAGAAAGGAGGAAGGUAUAAAUAAGAGCAAGAGUGAGAAAGAAAAACAUGAAUCAGAUGAUUCAAAAGAUAAAUCAUCAGAGGAAGAAGAACCAACGGGCAGUUUAGAUGGGACCAAAAACAGCAGAAUAGAUAUGAUAAAAAAUGUGGAUGUGGAAAGUAACGUUCAAAUGAGGAAAAGAGAUCGAGAAAGAGAAAGUAGUUGCACUGAAGAAUGCAAACCUACACCUAAUGUAGAAUCUACCAGUGGAGAAGAUGAGAUUUCCAGCGAAUCAUCAGAUGAAGAAAUGGAAGAGGAAUCUGAGGGAGAUAAAUCUGAAUUUGGGGAUGACAAUGAAGAGGAAGAAAUAGAUGAGUCAGUGAAUGAGGAGAAUGGUAUCACCUGGGAUAGUGAGGAAGAUAGACCUGAAUCAUCCAAUAAAGGCACACCAAAUACAAAUAAAGAGAAAUCCCCGAAAAGCAAAAAUGUAGAUGAAGAGUGUGAUGUGCAGCUGCAAGACAGUAUGGAUUCUGCUCCAAGGAAAGAAGAGAAUUUCUCACAAGAACCAGACCUUGCAGAAGUGCAAUCCACUGAGUUAACCCAAGAGGACCAGAUGGAACAAGAAAAAGAAAGGCCCCGCUGGCUUUGUUGCCUUGCAUCAUUCCCUCUGCCAGAAUUUUGUAAUAAAAGAGAAUCAAGUGCCCAGAAGAAAAGAUGCAGUGAAGACGGUUCUAUUGAUGGUCUUGAAAUGAUUCCAGUUGAAUCUGGGUCUGUUUUGCCUUGUCAGGAGGAAGAGCCACCACCUUUCUGUAGAACACCAGAAUCUCUACCUGAAGCUUCUGCAGACAUUGCAGACUCUAGUGAGGACAGUGCUGAAGAGAAUCCUGAAAGUGAGAACAAUGCUGGGAGUCAGCAGGAGUCCGACUCUGAAGAUGAUGUUCACUCCUUCUUUGAUUAAUAUCAGGCACGUUUGGGUAAAGAUAAAGAAAACUAAUCAAUAUCAGAAUGUAUAAGGAGUAAUGCAUAGUUUGGCUUGUAAGCAGUAGGGAUGUAGCGAACUGUUCGCCGGCGAACUAGU